GGGGGCGCGGGCCCGGGGGCGCGUCCUGCGGGGCCUGAGGGGCCGGGGCUGGCCCGGCCCGCCCGCUCGGGCCCCGGGGUCACUUCCGGAGGGACCCAGGGGAGCUGCUCGUGCCUUGGCAGCGGGAGGACUUUUCUGGAAGCAGAGCCGGCCCCUCCCCGCCUGUUGUCCUCCCGUUGCCGCCCGGGCCGUGGACGGAGCGAGGCGGGGGUCUCAGAGUGGGCUCGCGGGGCCCGCGGAACCCUGCCGGGGAGGGGAGAGCCGCACCUGGAGGGCUCCCGGGCCGCGGCCUAGCGAGGGUCUCGCCCGUCGUGCCCCCUCAUAAGUGCUCAGCGUCGCAGCUGAACCCGGCCCUGGCCGCAGCGGCCCCGCCCUCUCAGGGCUCGGGUCCGGGAGGGGCUGAGAGCGCGCCAGGGGCCGCCAGGGGGCGCCGCGGCGCGGGAGUUGCCCGUGCUCGUCCGCAGGGCUGGGGUAGGGGGGUGGCAGCAGCUUGUCUUGGUGUGGUUCCGGGGGUUGGUUUUGGUGGUUUUGGGGUUUGGGGUUUGGGGUCACACCGGGCAAUGCUCGGGGUUGCUCCUGGCGGUGCUCGGCGGACCCGGUGGGAUGCCGGGAUCGAACCCGGGCCGGCCGCGCGCACGGCGAACGCCCAGCCCGUGGUGCUGUGGCUCCGCCCCUCUGGGAGCCCGUGUUUCGGGAGCCCUGGAGACACUCGCGUGCUGGACUUGGGGGCUUGGGAUUCCUGCUGCCGUCCCCUUGGAUGGGUAGUGGGUCGAGACUGGGGGCCAGGCUGGGCUCCCGGGGCCUGCAGACUUUGGGGCCUCGGAGGUCAUCAGCCACGACCCUCUUGGCUCAGUGCUGGUCUGGUGGCCCCUGUCGUCCAGUAUUCUCCACGCUCUGGAGAUCCGUCCCACCCCUAACUUUCCUCCUCAGUGGAAACUUGACGUGCACCCGCCCGUUUCGCAGAGGAGCAGUGUGGGGUGCUCCCGGCCUGGUCCCCCCGAUGCGUGGGAUGGAGGCCGGGGGUGGGGGGCACUGGGGCUGGGUGGAAUCGGAAGAGAGGCAGAGAGUGCCAGACCCUGUGCUGCCAAGCAGCCUGGAGGUGUUAGCAAGUGGCCCCCCACUGCGACUUGGUCCAGCUGCAGAGGCAGAAGUUGGCCCUGCUCCAGCCACCACGGGGUCACCUUCGCCGUCCUAGCCAGCAGCCCCUCAUGCCCUCCCAGAACUCGCCUCCUCCAGCCGCCACCCCCAUCCAGCCUCCAGCCCUGCGCACCCUCGACCCAUUCUCUCAGGGCUCUGUGUCUGUGAUGGCAGCCCCUGUGGCACCUCUGAGCACUGUGGGGGCGAGCAGAACUUGGGGUGGGUGGCCACGCACAGGCUUCAGGGCGCCCCUGGCCCCGCCACGUUGGGAAAGUGCCCGGCACCCAGCGUGUGAAGCCUGCCUGCCCCAUGACGCCCCGCUGCUGCCUCCUCUCCUUGGUACUGAGUCUCGUGCCAGCCACCCUGGCCUUGCAAGAUGGCGACUUGGGUCAGACGGCGCAACAGGGAGAGAGUCGGAGCCCUUUCAACGCCUCGUUCACCCCGAGCUUUGAAGUCUCCUCGGGGCCCCCGUCGGGGGAUGUUGUCAUAGCCAAGGAGGGGACGAGUGUGUCCAUGGAGUGCCUUCUCACAGUCGGCCACCAGGAAGACGUCCACUGGUACAACUCCAAAGGACAGCGGCUGGACGACACAGGCAGAGGUGGAAAGUGGUUGGUUUCUGAUAACUUCCUGAAUAUCACCAGUGUAGCCUUCGAUGACCGCGGGCUCUAUACCUGUCUCGUCUCCUCCCCCGCCCGCGCCUCCUACUCUGUCACCCUGCGCGUGGUCUUCACCUCGGGGGACAUGAGUGUCUACUACAUGGUGGUCUGCCUGGUUGCCUUCACUAUCACCCUCAUCUUGAACGUCACCCGCCUGUGCAUGAUGAGCAGCCAUCUCCGCAAGACUGAGAAGGCCAUCAACGAGUUCUUCCGCACGGAGGGGGCCGAGAAGCUCCAGAAGGCUUUCGAGAUCGCCAAGCGCAUCCCCAUCAUCACCUCGGCCAAGACCCUGGAGCUGGCCAAAGUCACGCAGUUCAAGACCAUGGAGUUCGCGCGCUAUAUCGAGGAGCUGGCCCGGAGUGUCCCCCUGCCGCCCCUCAUCCUCAACUGCCGGGCCUUUGUGGAGGAGAUGUUUGAGGCCGUGCGCAUCGAUGACCCCGACAACAGGGGUGAGAGGAUCAAGGACAGACCCGCCUUGGACGCGCAAGGUGCCGGCAUCUACAUCAUUAGCCCAGAGGUGGGCCGCAGCGAGUCCCCAGGAGGAGACUCGGAUGACGGGUCACUGAGUGAGCCAGGCCAGGAGAUCGCUGUUCAGGUUUCAGUCCACCUCCAGUCAGAGACGAAGAGCCUCGAGACAGACUCUCAGGACAGCGGCCACCUCAGCCCCCCUGAUGAUGUGGCGUCCGUGGAGCCAGGUUUCCCCUGCAGAGACGCCACCUGUACCUCCUGCCCGCUUUGAGGCAGCUCACCAGCGGCAAACUGGCCGCGUGCAGGAAGUGACAGGAUCGAUCAUCGCGACCGUCUCCCCCCCGUGCUCCUCUGAAGUGCAUUCGUCAGAGGUGAAUGUUGCCAAAGUAGCAUCAGAAUCAGCCUCUUUCCUCUCUGGCGCUCCCAGUCAUUUCCCUCCAGACAGCCUGGAGACAGCGCAGUCACGGGCCUCCAGGGCCGCAGCCGUGGGAGCGUGAGUGGCAGCGCCCCUGCUCUCUCUGAGGACUUGUCCUUCCUAGCCCUAAAAUGCCCUUUCCCAGCGUCAGCACCUCUGGGUAAGCCCCUCCCGGGGCGCUUGUCUCCCUUGUGAGGGCCCCGAGACGGCCCGGGGCCGGGUGCCACACACUGGCAGCACACAGCAGCGCCCAGGCGCCUCUCUGGACCGGCCUGUGUUCCGUGCACUGUGCCGUGCACUGCUUCCCCGGGGGCUGGGUGCUUGUCUGUCAGCUACCUUCUGUUCCCAUUUUCAGACUGGCUGGAGAUCAUUGAGCUCACUGAGCCGGCAGUGAUUUCCAGCCACUUGUCGCAAAGGAACGACCUUUUCUGUGCGUGCAUCAGGCCAUCCGGGUCUGGGAGAGCCUGGGCUUCAGCAUCUCUGAGUAGGAUUUCCUGGGUGCCAGGCCCCGCUAGGGAGUGCUUCUUGGAGGCCUGCCUGGGCGUGGGCGGAGCAGAGCGGGCUGCCCACUAUUGUGCUCCUUCCUGGCUGGGCUGUGGUAUGGGGUGUUUGGUUUCCGAGUGUCUGUGUGGUGGCGUGCCUGCUCCGUGCACGGGCACACACACCACAAAGGACUUGGCCCUCCUGAGAGAGAGCAGUCGCACGAGGUCACCCUGCGCAGGGGCAGUCUCUGUCACCUGUCCGAGCGCCUUCCACCGGGCUACAUUGGCUGCUUCACCUGUCAUGUCACUGCCCAGGCAUUCCUGCACUCCCGGUCACUGUGGGAGACGCUCAGAGGAGAGUCUGUCAGGAUUUGAAUGCCAGGUUCCACCUAGAGGAAGACAGAAAUGAAACGUGUUGGGGCUGGAGCAAUAGCAUAGCAGGUAGGGCGUUUGCCUUGCACGCGGCUGACCCGGGUUCAAUUCCCAGCAUCCCGUAAGGUCCCCCAAGCACCGCCAGGAGUAAUUCCUGAGUGCAUGAGCCAGGAGUAACCCCUGAGCAUUGCCGGGUGUGACCCAAAAAGCCAAAAAAAAAGAAACGAGUUGCCAGGAAGAACCCGGGCCUCCCUCAUUCCAGCUUCUCAGAAGCCGUUUGUGGGGAGACGUGAGCAAGCCAGUGUGCAGCUGUGUCAGCGCCACGCAGGGAGAGACGCGCCCGCUCCAGAGCCAGACAGAAGCUGCUUAUCAUUUCUCCAGGGCUCACUUAGGCACCUGGGCUGUGUCUCUGUAAAGAAAACUAUUUUCGUACCCUAGGCUAGGAGAGCAAGGGCUCUGAACGUGGAGAAUUAUUCCAGAUCCCAGAACGCUUUUCUGAAACAGUUUCUGUUGAAAAGUUCAAUCUUGGGACCAGGGAAUAGCACAGCGGGGAGGGUGUUUACCUUGCACACAGCCGAUCCGGGUUCCCAUAUGGUCCACCAUGCACCGCCAGGAGUAAUUUUUGAGUGCAAAGCCAGGAGUAACCCCUGAGCAUCGCUGAGUGGGACCCAAAAAGCAAAAAAAAAAAAGCAAAGUCCAGUCUUCAGCGGCCUUCCCGAGGCCUGUGCCUGGGUGCCAGUGGGAGAGACACAGAGCACUGCUCCGCCUGUGCUCACAGGGGCGCCGGGGCCCGGUGCACACAGCGACCAGCCAAAAUCCCAGGAGAGGCCUGUCAGGGUGGGAGGACACUGCAGUGUAUAUGCAUAUAUAGAGGCAAUCCUGGAUUAGUUUGAAAACAUGACAACAACUGAAUUUGGUGUUCAAGUAACUGGUUUACUUUGAAUGCUCCAGACUGUGCCAUUAGAAAGAGUUAAAGUAGGUCGAAAUUUCAUCAGCAUUGGUAUUACUUUUUCUGGAGUUAGUUUUCAAGAGGAAUAAAACCAUACUUACUAGUAUUUUCUUCAACGUAAUAUUUUUCAUACAAUUAGUCUCAUGACACCUUUUUAUAAACGCCUUAGCCUUUGGAACUUGAAGUCUAGUUUUAAAAGUCUCUUGACGGCAACUGUAGUUGAAUAAUCUGUCAGUUUCAUGGUGAGAGAAGAUCCUUUCAUUUAACCAAAUGUAUUUUACGUAAUUGGGUCAUCUCAUUUAUACAUUUUGAAUUGUGAUUUAAUGAACUUUUCUGUCCACAUGAAAAGCUGUCUUUGUGAAAUAAAUCUACCAAGAGCUACACACGGGAACAUUUUUACAGAUUUCUUGGCAGCUGAACCCAGACCGACCAUCACCUCUUGAGCCGACUCUGUCCUCACGAGGCUUCUGCUGAGGACUUGAAACCUUGAAACCUUUGCACGGGUGCUGUGAAUUCGUGUCCUCGCUGCUCCGAGGCCGGGACAGCUGAGGCCUGGCUGCCCGGUUGCGUGUGGGGUGCUCCUGGUCCUGGCCCCAUGCAGCCUGUCAGCAUAGGCCCUGCCUGCCUCCGUCCACUGGCGUCACGGACCCCUGGGCCCAGGUGCUGCCGAGGGGGCCCAGGCCCGUUCCCGGGGAUACUCGGACCCAAGCCGUCCCGGUGGUGCUCAGUGACCUCCAGGCCCACUCCUGGCGGUGCCCAGAACCACGUGGUGCCAGGGUGCAGCUGCCCCGCCCAUCCUUGCAGCUAGGCCUGCAGAGCCCGGCGUCACCUUGGCCCCCACACCCCAGCCCUCCUCUCUGUCCCCAGCAGCCUCUGCAGAGGCCCAGGUUCUUGGCCUGUUUCACAGGCCUGAUGAGGAGGACGUGGUGUCCGGAAGGUCCUAGUCGUGAUGAGCCCAGUGUCAUGCUGAUCUCAUUAAAGGUGUUCUGAGUCUGCA